CUCAACAGGGUUUAUAAGCUUAUUGCUCCAACAUAGACCAGCAUACAAUACAACCCCCAUUGUCUUCCCAUACACAGACAACACUGCAACCCUCUGAGUCAGUUCUAAGGAUGUCUGAUACGGAAGAAGUUGACUAUGAAGGACAAGAAAAUGCAGAGGAAGAGCAGGAGGAAGGAGAAGAAGGAGAAAAACCUAAACCAAAACCAGCCUUCUUGCCUAGUCUAGUACCACCCAAAAUCCCAGAUGGAGAGAAAGUGGAUUUUGAUGAUAUCCAUCGCAAACGUAUGGAGAAGGAUCUGACUGAAUUGCAGACUCUGAUCGAGGCACAUUUUGAGAGCCGCAAGAAGGAGGAAGAGGAGCUCAUCAACCUCACGGAUCGUAUUGAAAAGCGCCGGUCUGAGAGAGCAGAGCAGAUGAGAAUCAGAUCGGAGAAAGAAAAGGAGCGUCAAAACAGAAUAAACGAGGAAAAAGCACGGAAGGAGGAAGAGGAGUUCAAGAAGAAAGCUGAGGAUGACGCCAAGAAAAAAAAGGUCCUUACCAACUUGCAGUUUAGUGGGUACAAGACAGAAAAGAAAGGUGGGCCAAAAAAGAAAACUGAGCGAGAGAAGAAGAGAGCAAUAUUAAGUGAACGCCGGAGGGAGCUGAACAUUGACAAUCUUAAAGAGGACAAGCUGAGAGAAAAGGCUUCUGAACUCUGGAAGCAGAUCCAUCAACUUGAAGCUGAGAAAUUUGAUCUCCAAUACCAACACUCCCGGCAGAAAUAUGAUGUUACCGUGCUUAGGAAUCGAGUCAGUGAUCAUCAGAAAGUUACCAAGGGCAGCAGGAGCAAACGGGGACUGAGGAAAUAGUGUUUGCUGAUCUGACUUAAAACAGAAGAGUCCUUUCCAUUCAUACCCACCUUACCCAAAGGACAUUCUCUGCUGAAAAGGAAGAAUUGUGUGACAUAAUGGAAUAUUUUUCUGACAUAUUUCAAAGUAACUUCAUAUUUUCGUAUUAUAGGAAAAAACAUGUCAUAAUAAACCAUU